AUGGAACGAACGCCUCUAUCAGCUGAUGAAUCUGACAAGUCAAUCGACUUGAAGGGUGAAGUGGACUUGGACCUGAAGGAUGAGUUAGCUAAAGAGCAAGAAAGAAGGAAGGUUCUUGAAGAUAAACUCGACAAUCUGAGGGAGGUUGUGAGUCUUGAAAAGGAGAAGGCAAGAGAUCUUCAAAGUCAGUUGGUUGAGAAUCAUAAAAAGAUCAGGAUGCUCAACACUGGAGCUGAGUCUCUGGACAAGAUUCUGUGUGCUGGACAACCUCCGAAGAAGAAUUGGGGUUUGGGAUAUUCAGGAGGAGUUCUGAUAGACCGUCCCACGACACAAGCUGGUCCAAUUCCAGGUUUUGUUUAUGGAGGAACAUCUGUGAGUGAACUGUCAAAGGAGUGUGCUGGAAAGUCAUCUGUGAGUGAACCUUCAAAGGAGUGUGCUGAAAAGCCCCAGGUUAUAGAAAAAUCUGUCACUCGAGAAUCAAAAGAAGAGACCAUGUGUCUGAAACAAGAGACAAAGGUCAAGCCAAUCAGUGGUGGGAGGAAGAAACGAGCAUGGCUUGGAGCCAGCGCCAGUGUUAUCCAGAACCAAAGCACUUUGGAAAGGUGUGGAUUGACAGACGAAGAAGCAAGAAGAGGAAUCAUACAACAAUCGGUUCGCGAGUAUAUAUGCUUACCAGGUAAAGAAGUCCCUGCAGAGUUCACUCACAAAGCCACAGGAAAAUCCAUAAACAUCCCUCUGGCUCCGGGUGGUGAAGGGACUUUCUCUGCUUCCUCAAGAUUUAAGGCUUGCCUUCUGCUUUUGCCAAUUAAGCGGCGUCGAUUUUUUGAAAUAGAUUGUAGACUAAGAAGCAAAGGAGAUGUUACAACCGAAUUUAGGAGAUCUGUACGGAUUUCAUAUGAUCUGCCUCCUCUAUCGGAACAUCUGUUUAUAUUUCGUGGUGGUGAAGUUGGUGUGGGUACGAGCGAGAUUACAUUUGAGUUCAGCUGCGCUAACAACGAUGACAAGAUCAUUGGGUGUGGUGUACAGAUCUUGACGGAAGAAGCUAGCAGCAGGGAAGUGGACUACUUUGAUACCGAGAGUAGCAGCAGGGGGGAAGUGGACUACUAUACCAAGACUAGAAGCACCGACAACGACUACUUUGCAAAUUUACUUCAGGUUUUAUUUAGUUCAAAGCAAAAUGUACAAGUGGACUGGCGUCAAAUACUCUCUUAA